AAGCCCUUUGAUAUCCUCUUCUGCGGCUCCGACGCCUUCUCCACUGCUUCUCUUAAAGCCGUCCUCGAUGCGAAAGAUGUCUGGCGAAGUCUGACGGUGCUUGUCCCGCAUGAGAAGCCUGUUCGGGUCAAGGGAUCCAUCACGUCUGUUCCAUGUGCCCUGAGCGAGUUCGCAAGGGAAAGCGAUAUCUCAGUGUUUCAGGUACCUGCGAGCGGUAUCUCCGCCUACGAGCUUCCAGAAAAACACCUCCACCCCUCACCCACCUCCCUCCUCAUCACCGCCUCCUUUGGGCACAUUCUCCCCGACACCUUUCUAUCCCAUUUCUUACCCACUCAUCGACUGAACGUCCACCCAUCACUCCUGCCUAGAUGGAGGGGCGCAGCGCCUGUUCAGUGGACUAUCGCUUCAGGGGACAAGGAGACGGGCGUGAGUGUACAGAGGCUGGUAGAAAGGGGGAAAGGGAUAGAUUCGGGGGAGAUCGUAGGGGUGAGGGACGGAAUCCCGGUCCCCGACGAUGCUACUUAUCAUUCGCUCCUUCCCUCACUGGCGGAAGUGGGCGGGAAGGUUCUGGUGGAUGUCCUGCGGUCUAUGCAGAAAGGCGAGAUCCAAGGGCCGACCCAGGAUCCAGCUCUGAUCACGCGGGCACCCAAGAUUAACGAAGAAACAGCCCGUAUACGCUGGACUGAGCAGUCGUCAGAGGUGUUGCUCCGCCUUUCCCGUGGGAUCUCACAUCAGAUACCAUUAUGGACCAUCUUCGCGGGACAAAAGAUCCAACUCAUCGAGAUCGCCUCUUCGGGUUCCUCGCCUGCCUUCGCAUCAAGUGCGGAGGUGUUGGCCGGUACAGCCGUCCUGGACCGGAAGGCGCAGGUGCUCCGUGUUGCCUGCGCAGGCGCGGGGGCGGACGGAACGGAUGUCAGCUGGAUAGCGGUCACUCGUGUCAAGCCGGCAGGGAGGAGGGCGAUGGGGGUCAUGGAGUGGUGGAAUGGCUUACCGAGGGAGGUACGGGCGGGGAAGUACAUCACGCUC